AUGGCGGGCGAACUCGUUCUACUUACCGGAGGCACUGGCAUGAUUGGUUUCCGAGUUUUAACUCUCCUCCUUGAAGCAGGCUACAAAGUCCGCGCUGCUGUGCGGAACCAAGCUGGUUUUGACAGAAUAUCAAAACUCAAGCCAGUCGCUCCCUACGCCUCAGAGUUGACUAGCAUUGUUGUACCAGAUAUCACCGUUCCGGGAGCUUAUGACGAAGCAGUCAAGGGCGUCGAAUAUAUUGUGCAUGUUGCUUCUCCACUAGCAAGCAACGCUCCUCCUGGGGUUGACUAUGACAGCUACCUGAUCCAGCCAGCUAUUCAGGGCACUGUAGGCAUCUUAGAGUCCGCAGUGAAGACUUCCGGUAUCAAGAGAGUUGUCAUUACUGGAUCUAUUCUUUCUAUCGUCACCCCGCAAGUCUUGGGCUCGGGCCAAUACAUCAACGAGGAAACACGCACCCCGACAAUUCACGGACCAUUUGCUAAUCUCUUUGACGCUUACGGAGCAUCCAAAUCCGCAGCGUUUAACAAAGCGAAAGAGUUUAUCGCUGAGAGAAGGCCAUCUUUUGAUCUCAUUCACGUCUUCCCCCUCUUUGUUCUCGGACGUGAUGAGACUGUCACAAACGCCGAACAGAUUGUCAAGGGUACCAACAAUAUGCUAAUGGGCCCACUGCUCGGUACACCACGACCUACCCCAAUUCCAGGCGCUCCUGUCCACGUCGACGACGUUGCCAGACUUCAUGUCCUGUCCCUGGACCCUAAGGUGGAGGGCAAUCAGGACUUUUUGGCCGGAUCACAUCACCUCGAGCAUUUUGACUGGCGAAAAUCGGCCGACAUCAUCAAGAAGCAUUUCCCUCAGGCAGCUGCCGAAGGCUUGUUCAGUUUUGAGACCGUUGAGAAGUUGGUGACGCUUAAGACGCAAGUAGAUGGCACCAAGGCAGAGAAGGUUUUUGGAUUCAAGGCUAAGGGAUUUGAGGAACAAGUGGUGUCAGUUGUGGGCCACUAUUUAGAGCUGCUCGGUAAGAACUAG